AUGGACUACUUACGCCGACACAUACGGAAAACCCAUCAGCUACAGGUCAAAAGCUUAGCCGAGAAUGAUAUAGAUCAUACAGUGAUCUCGCAAUUCCCUGUGAAGCAGAACGCCAAUCCAUGUUGGCCAGCUCCACCCUCUUUGCUGACGCCUCCAAAAUCUGGAGACCCCUACAGAAACCAGCCUUCCGAGGUUCCACAGCUCACGGCUGGACAGGAUCAGAAGUUUUCUAUUGCAAGUAAGCCCUUCCCAUACUCAUUAGAGGGAUCAAGUAUGGUAGACUUAUCAAAUGUCGUAGAGAACGUUCCAUAUGCGCCCGACAAUCAUAAGAGACAAGUAGCGCUUUCUUUGGCAGGAACUAUCACCGCCAACGAUAGCAGCGAAUCGGAUAAUCUGACCACUGUUGGUGACGAAGAUACUCGGUCUCGUGUCGGAGAUGGCGACGCAAGGAAGUUUAGCGACAAUCAAGAGAGCUUAUUGAGCAGGCGAGGCAAGACUGAAUACUCUUCUUACUGCGAAGUCAACACUCAGGACGCCCUCAACUUAGUAGAGAAAGUGGUGAAAGGUAUCCUACUCAGUAGACUACUCGAUCAUGCCCUGCCCGAGGUUAGGGACGCGACAGGGGAGUUUUAUGCUUCAAGCGGGGGCCCCAAUACCUGCACUACGACCGUGGUAUCAUCGUUGUCCUCGUCUAAGAACGGCAUAAGAAAUAUGGCCGGCAAGCGAGCUCGAAAAGAUGGGAAGGAUCCUGGCGAUGGAGGGGGCGACGACUCAGACGAUGGCAAUGACGAUCGACCCAAGAAGAAAGCCUCAUCUGACCGCUUCCCACAGCAGAGGUUAAAAUGCCCUUUCCAUCAACGUCAACCAGAGAGAUACACCAAAGCGGCCUGCCGAGGUGAAGGAUUCGCGGGAAUGGGGAAGCUCAAAGAUCAUUUAAAGCGUGUGCACAUGCAUCCAUUGCGUUGUUUGAGAUGUCACGUUGAGAUGUCAGAGGAGGAGCUCGAAGAUCACUUGGAUCGUGACGAUAUAUGUGCAAGAUUACCAGCACCGCAGGAUGACCGCAUAGCGCCUCAGAAACUCUGGAGGUUAGAUUUCAAGAAGGCGCCGUUCGUGAAUGCCAGGAGUACGGAGGAGAAGUGGAAGAUAAUGUACAAGAUGCUCUUUCCUGCGGAUUCUGAGGCAGACGUUCCAUCACCAUGUCAGUUCCCAGGGUGA